AUGGCCGAGCCUAGCGACGCUCCCAGCGACGGUGGCGCCGCCGCGGCCGACCCGAGGGCGCUGAGCGCGGGGGAAUAUUCGCGGCGCGUCCACCAGUGGCUCUGGGACUCCUACUGCGGCUACCUGAGCUGGCAGAGCGGCCUGGCCGCCCUCAUGGCCGGAGCCGCCUCAGCCGCUGCCCCGCCGCCCGCCGCCUACUCCUACAGCCCCUUCUACCACCUCCUCGCCACCGCCCCGCCCACCGACGCCGCCCGCGCCCCCCUCGCUUGGCAGCCGCCCCCGGCCAGGCCCCCGCCUCGCGCAGCAGCCCCCGCCAGCUCCGCCAGGGACACCGGCCGCCCAGCAGGUCGUGAAUUUGUUAUCCCGUCCUUGGCUCACAGGUUUAUAGCAGAGAUGGUGGAUUUCUUUAUCCUCUUCUUUAUUAAGGCAACCAUUGUUCUGAGUAUUAUGCACCUCAGCGGAAUAAAAGAUAUCUCAAAGUUUGCAAUGCACUACAUCAUAGAGGAAAUAGAUGAAGAAACCUCCAUGGAAGACUUGCAGAAGAUGAUGGUAGUGGCUCUUGUCUAUAGGCUACUAGUCUGCUUCUAUGAGAUUAUUUGUAUUUGGGGAGCUGGUGGGGCAACCCCUGGGAAAUUUUUACUUGGGCUGCGAGUUGUAACAUGCGACACAUCUGUUCUUAUUGCACCAAGUCGUGUGUUAGUGAUUCCAUCUUCAAAUGUCAGCAUGACCACAUCUACAAUACGAGCUUUGAUCAAGAACUUUUCUAUCGCUUCCUUUUUUCCUGCAUUCAUUACUCUGCUGUUCUUUCAACAUAACCGAACAGCCUACGAUAUUGUAGCAGGGACAAUUGUGGUAAAAAGAAACAGCAUCAGAUGAUAUCCGAGGAAGCCUCGAUUCUACUGUUCGAACUUGAUAAUGAACAUAUGUUGGAUUUCGGAGCCUGUCACUUCAGUGCCAGUGGCUAUCUCUUGACACGUUUCCUCCUGCACCAAUGCUUUGGAGAAGAACAUUUUAGUAUUUGAACUAAUCACGGAAACAAAGUUAUCUUCAGAAGACAGUGGCACAGUUGUUAACAGUUUGAAUCCUAUACCAAGAGGCAGACAUUCUCAUGACCGUCACACACACUUGCUUUCAAAGAAGGUAAUCAAAAAGUAUUACGGCAUUUUAGUGAAGGUAACAGUGCCACACGGAGUUGUAUAUUCCUGUUUUUAGGAACUGCUGGGGGUUUUCCCACUUCAAAAAGCCUCAUCAGGAAUCUCUUAAAUACAAUCAUUGUAUUAAUUUAAUGCUCAAUGUUUUCUGUGUUAAAUGACUUGCAUGGCCAGGCUGUUUUGAACACUAUACUGAUCAGCAAACAGGGCCUCAUGGAAGGCAGGUAAUAUUGGUAUUAGUGAAUGUGUAAAUAUUCCAAGCUCUGACUAAAGAAUUGAGACCAAUUGUAAUUUACUAUUUGUUUUUGAUGGAGAUUGGAAGGUUUGACUGCUUUCCCCCUCCCCAAGCAGUUUCAUGUCUUUCAUAGAAACAUAAGAGCUUUUUACAAAAAGCACAUACUACUUAAAUUUUUAUUUUAGUUUCAGAUCAAACUUUGUAUAAGCAGAAAUAUCAGUUUAAACAAAAUACAUUUUUUAAAAAAAAGAGCAGCCAGUUCGAACUCUUGCUGAAGUCAUAAAGGGAAUUCUUGUGCAAGGUGGUUUAAAAAUCACACACAUUAACAGGUACACUUUUUCUUUAUCUGAGGGCCGUGCACCUGGCUAACUUAAAUUAUAUGAAGUAUAUUUUGCAUGAUUUUUUUUAAAUAUACAGUAUUAGCAUACACAUCAGUAUCGACUUUUUAGGUUUGGUUAAUCUUGAUGUACUUUCUUUUAAAAUACUAGAAUUCUCCAUUAGCCUGUUCUUCCAUUGGUCUAAAAUAUAAUUAGAAUAAGCUGUUUGUACGAUCUCGUUUCCAGCCACCCAAUAAGAAAGGAACAGGGUAGAUAUGGUGCUUUUAAUUUCUUAUGUCUACCUUUUUUAAAAAGUGUAAUAACUAUAUCCUGAGCUUAAGUUAUGAAAAAGCAUUCUGAUCCAUGUAUCAUACGCAGGAGGCUUCUGAAGAGACAGAACUAAAGGCUCAGCUGAUGUUUUUUCCAGUUGCUGUUAUUGAGCCACUGGCAUCACUUUUCUAAUAAGCAAAUUAGGGAGAAACAGCACCAGCAGCAUUUGAUUAUGGAAAUAGAAACAAGGAAAGCCAGUAUUUCUCCCUUGCAGUCAUGUGGUUCAAACAGAGGUACACAGCAGGAAGUGAAUCGGGUAUCAAAGCCCCUCACUUCAUACCUGAAAUACAGUUGCUAAAGAGUGAAUAUCCCUUUCACUUAUACUGAAUAUAAAGUGAAAAGAUAAGGCAAGCCUCAAAAAAUACCAGAGGGGCUUUUAGUGCUGGCUAUAGAAAAUAACCUAUAGGACCACCCCCCUUUCCUCCUGGUAGGAUGCUUAACACAGACUUACUGUAUUAUGAUCACAUUAAGCACUACUUAGAACAUAGCAAACGUUUGGUUUUUCUAAGGUAGCAAUACCUUGGGUACUUAAGCUAUUAACUUAUGGAAAGAAACAAAGGCUCUCUGCGCCUGAAGUACUCAUUCAUAAGGAAGGCUUUCCAUUGAAUUCGCCAGUGUAGCAGAGUUAAUGCUGGCUUUUAGGCUGGGGAAGUCAACUUCAAGUUGUUUUUAACCACAGAGCUUCCUGUGUAACCUAGGGCAGGGGUACUGGGUCCCUUAUCUCACUGAAUUGUUACGAGGUGAGGAGCAGACCCAGAACUCUUUAAGAGUUCGAGCAGUGUUCUAGCCUAGAUUCCAUAUAAGUCAUCUGCUGAGGGGAAAAACAAUAUUUCUGCUGCAAAUGGUUCCAUCACUCCCACGACAGAAUCACAAUUACCUAGCCUUGAGGAGUCAUGAACUACAGGGUGGAUUCCUCUGCUGCAAACUGUACCUCAGCUAUAAAAAAAUCAGAGAAAGUUGGGCUACAGAGUUAAAUUACAUCAACAAAUAAAAAGUAUUAAGAAUUUAAUGCUACAUUGAAGUGUAGGACAAGGAACAGUAGGAGAAAGUGGAGCCCCCCCCCCCCCCCCGCAGUAUUAAGUUCUGUAAGGCAUAUUUGCACACUUUCCAUACUUGCAGUUGAAAGAUGUUUUUUAGCAAAACCUCUCUUGCUUCGGUAUUAAUACAUGAAGCUGCCUUAUACUGGAGUCAGACUGUUGGUCUGUUAAGCUCAAUACUGCCUAUUCUGGUUAGCAGUGGCUGUCUAGGGUUUCAGGUAGAGUGUGUUUGAUAUCACCUACUACCUGAUCUUUUUAUCUGGAUAUACUGGGGAUGGAACCUGGAUCCUUCUGCAUGCAAAGUGGGUGCUUUGCUACCGAGUUGAAGUUCCUGCUCUAUAAUGAACACAAAUGGCUUUGAUUACUAAGGAUUCUGGUGAUAUGAAUACCGCAUUGUUUUAUAAGUAGACUCUAAUUGAAAAUUAGAUUGAUUGCAGAAUUACUUUUUUACCUUGUGUGCAGACUCAUUUUGCAGCUGAUAACAUUCAGUAAUACAGCUUCCUCUCCAGAGAUUAUUUCAGAAACGCAAAAGGAAUUCAAGUGGCAAAAUCCCAAAAGCUAUUAAGCUGUUUUGUGAUCACAACUUUACAAAAACCAUAUUCAUAAGCUCAAUGCUGUGUUUUUUUAAAACAAACAUAAAUGCACCUGUGGCUUUGAUCAAUAGCACCCUUCACUGCACCCCCCAGGUACCACAAAUCCCAUGAAAGAUAGAACUAAAGAAUUUGUAAGAUUUCUUAAUAAAAGUCCACAUCCACAGGGAA